GGUGUCACUUCCUUUGCCAGGUAGUCAAGUCCGUGAGGGUGGAAAGGAGCUUUGGAGAAGAAUUCGAACAGUGUCCAUUUCAUGGGCCCCUAACCUUCAUGUUACGAACUGUGAGAGGAAGGAUUAAUAGAAAAGUUCCAGCAAAUUCAUUUUUUGUUACAUUUCGAGCUGUUCUGGAUUUGCUUCUCGUAAAGAAAAAACAAAGAAGCUUCCAAGUGGGAUAUGCAGGCAACCUACUUUAUAAAGGAGUUGCAGACGUUUCUACAGUGGACUGUGUAAGCACGCAUAAGAAGGAAGAUUCCAAAAGCAGUAGCAAGGGACGAUUUCUUCCACAGUGGAGAAGAAUUGUGUGUGAUCAUUUUCUUUUAACCUCUAGUCGUCUAGCUCAGAUUGACUAAUAUGGAUUGUAAUUCCUGUGAACCCUGAAGCAGAUUAAGAAAAAAAGCAUAGGAGAACACAAGUGAAAAUAAGUUGAAAGGAAAGACUCUAGUUUGCCAGCAUGCCAAUUGAAACUUUGCAGCCUGACCGAAUGGUCAGGCAGAUUUCUGCUGCCACCACUUUCACCUCAGCAAUGCCCUUCCGCAUCUUGAACAAGGGACCAGAAUAUUUUCGCAAGCAGUCAGAGCCCAUGUCUAAAAAGCCCAGUGCAGUAGAGAGGCUUGAAGCAGACAAGGCUAAGUAUGUGAAAAGCCAGAAAGUUGCCAACACGAAGCAAGAACCUGUGAAGCCUCCCUUGAAAAAGCAACCCCUGUCGCUGGUCCGGCGAGACAUCCAUACUCCCAUCAGGAAGACCCCACUUGCUGUCCACAAGAAGGAACCCUUGAAUUUAGAAAUAUUGAACAACCUGAUUAAUGUUUCUGACAGCCCAGUGUCAUCCCCUAAAUCGGAGACAUCCCCAGGGGUUGAAGCCAGAUUAAGAAGUGAGCCUCUUGAUUCAGCCUUUCAGAGAAACUCAGUUUUCUCAAGAAGUCCUUUUUUAAGUAAACAUUACGACUCUGCAAAUGGAAAAACUAAAUUUUCUGAAAAUUUACUGAUGCCAAAACCUCAAAGUGCAGUGGCUGUACGGAGAGUGGAUGUCCGUCCUAGUUGUAUCAGAAUGGUCCAGACCCUUCCAGCUACCCCACCACCCCUUUCACCUGCAGCUUCAAGACUUUCUUCUGUGAGUUCCAAGAGUUCACCAAAGACUCAUAUGCUGGAGGUAAGUCAGGACAGUGCCAAAUCUCAGCCAUCCCUCCAUCGAUCAAAGUCUGACCUAAGUGAUAGGUACUCUAGGGCAACUGCUGAUCUUGAACGAUUCUUCAAUUAUUGUGGUCUGGAUCCAGAGGAGAUAGAGAACAUUGGCAUGGACCGUUUUGCCAGGGCUAGUUCAGAUAUAGUUUCUCUCAAAUUUCACAGUGUGAGCACUGCCAGUUCAGCAGACUGUCGUUCACAUCAGAGCCACAUGACUGAGGAAAGACAUAGUGACAGAGUACCGUAUGGUAUCUCUGUUGUAGAGCGUAAUGCCAGAGUCAUUAAAUGGCUGUAUGGACUGCGACAAGCCAUGGAAUCACAAAAAAUAUCCAGUGUAUAAUCAACAUUGCUGAACUGGUGACAUGAAACUGUUUUAAAACAUGAUGCUCAUUUUAUUAAUUUCCAGCUCAUCUGUUUUCAUUUGUGCAUGGAGUGCACAGGUAUCUUUGCCAUUAAAUGUCAGAAUUGUAAGGCUGGGGCCAUUUCAUUUUUCAGUGUUCUGCCAUUAGUCCUGUAUUAAGCACAUAAAGAAGUGCACAGAGCCCACUCAUUUGCUUUCAGGGUUAAACAGCCAGAAAGGUAAGACAUCAUAUGUGAUGCUAAGAUGCUCUGACCAUCACAGUAAAGACAAAGCUGUGUGACACGUUGAUGUUUUUUGUUAUGGGUAGGAACAGCAGUACCUCUUUUGAUGAGUGUCCCCCUGGGGGUGUAGCAGGCAGUGUUGUUUACAUCGACUCCUGUCAUAUUUUCAUUUUUUUGUAUGUUUCAAAAUUGUACAGAUGAUGUUGUAUCUGUACUGUACUGUGCAUCUUUUUACACUAAUAUUUUGAUACUUGAAACGUGAUAUUGUAGCAUUUGUUUACACCCCAUGACCUUUUUCUGUCACAUACAAAGCUAUCUUUCUUGAUUGUGUAAAAAUGCUCCAAGUAUGGAAAUUCCUGCUGUUUUUAAACUUGUUGACCCUUUUAAUAAGGGUCUAGGGUCAAAGUGGAAAAUGUGGCAAUAUUUCAGCUGACAUUUCAUGAUUACUUAGAAAAGCAAACGUAGAAAAUGUGAUUGUAUGCGUUUGUAUGGCUGAAACGCUGGGAAAUUCUAGAUUUGAGGGAGGGGGGUUGUCACUUGGCUUCCUUUGUUACAGACCAUCAUAUCUGGUGAAAAAAAAAUAAAAUUAUUUGUGCUAAAAGAA